AUGGCUGACCCAGAUCUAGAUCAAAAUGUUCAAGUCUUCAAGAUCAAACGACUGAUCCGAAACUUGGAAAAAGCCCGUGGUAAUGGAACAUCCAUGAUUUCUCUCAUCAUCCCUCCCAAGGAACAGGUCGCCAAACAGCAAAAGAUGUUGGCCGACGAAUAUGGAACGGCGUCGAACAUCAAAUCGCGAGUCAAUCGACUUUCCGUCCUCUCGGCUAUUACUGCUACUCAGCAGCGAUUGAAGCUCUACAACAAGGUUCCAACAAAUGGCCUGGUCGUUUACUGCGGUACCAUCAUGACCGACGAAGGAAAAGAAAAGAAGGUCACAAUCGAUUUCGAGCCUUUCAAGCCAAUCAACACCUCUCUCUACUUGUGCGACAACAAGUUCCACACUGAAGCUCUCUCAGAUUUGCUCACCGACGAUAACCGUUUCGGAUUCAUUGUUAUGGACGGUAACGGUGCUCUCUUCGCCACUCUUACUGGCAACACUCGUGAUAUUAUUCAAAAGUUCGAUGUUGAUCUGCCGAAAAAGCACGGCCGAGGUGGUCAGUCCGCCCUUCGUUUCGCCCGAUUGCGAAUGGAGAAGAGACACAACUUCGUCCGAAAAGUCGCCGAAACUGCAGUCAAGUGCUUUAUCAAGGACGAUAAGCGAUUGGCCGCCAAGGUCAUCCGAACCGUUGAUGUUUCCUACGGUGGUGAAAAUGGAUUCAACCAAGCAAUCGAACUCGUCCAGGAUGAUCUUUCAAACGUCAAAUUCGUCCAAGAAAAGAAGCUUAUCUGUCAAUACUUUGACGAAAUCAGCCGAGAUACUGGCAAGUACUGCUUCGCGAUCGGUGACACUGUAUCUGCUCUUGAACAAGGUGCAGUCGAGACUCUUAUCAUUUGGGAGAACUUAGACAUCAAGCGAUAUGUCUUCCGAAAUCCAGUCAGCGAAUCGAACGAAGUAAAAUACCUGAAUCAAACCGAAGAACGCGAUCGAAAGCACUUUGUCGACAAGAGCACCGGACAGGAGCUUGAAACAGUGUCCGUCGAGCCCUUCAUCGACUGGUUGGUGGAUACGGACGAAACAAAUCAGCCGAAUUACAAGCAGUACGGAACUCAGCUCGAGAUUGUCACGGAUAGGUCACAGGAAGGAGCUCAAUUUGUCAAAGGAUUCGGUGGUAUUGGAGGCUUAUUGCGUUAUCCGGUGGAUUUCGCAGCGCAAGAAUAUAUAUCCGAUGACGACGACUUUGAUUUGGAUGACUAUUGCCACGGGUUCAAAAAAUACUAG